UUUACAUGUUGUCAGGCUCUGCAGGGAGGAGACGCACUCAGGUGGCCCUUAAUUAACACUCAAAGCCGCCAUAAUGGGACAGACUUUAAGCGAGCCUGUGACACAGAAGGAAACCUCACAUUGCGAGAAUUCUUGGCUGCGUGUCGGGUCUUCGUGUAUGCAGGGAUGGCGUGUCAACAUGGAGGAUGCACACACCACUAUACUGUCUCUCCCAGAUGACCCAGGAACUGCAUUUUUCGCUGUAUAUGACGGGCAUGGAGGUGCAAGAAUUGCCCAGCAUGCGGGGAAGCACUUGCACAAAAGUAUCCUGCAAAGACCAGAGUACAAAGCCGGUGACUUGGUUGCUGCUGUAAAGCAGGGAUUCCUAGACUUGGACCACUCAAUGCAGACAGAUGAAGUGCUGAAAGAUGAACUGGCUGGGACCACUGCAAUUUGUUGCAUUUUACGAAAUGGCGUGGCUUAUUGUGGAAAUGUAGGCGAUUCCCGGGCUAUAGCUAGCGUUGGUGGCCGCGUUGAAGAGCUAAGCAACGACCAUAAGCCCAGCCUGGCCUCCGAGCAGCGGAGAAUAACAGCAGCUGGUGGUUGGGUUGAGCUGAACAGAGUCAAUGGAAACCUUGCACUGUCAAGAGCAUUGGGAGAUUUUGUGUUUAAGAAGAAUGAAGAAAAAGGGCCUGAAGACCAAAUUGUUACAGCCAAUCCAGACGUAGAGGUCAGGGAAUUGACUGAGGAGUGGGAGUUCAUCAUCUUAGCUUGUGAUGGAAUCUGGGAUGUUAUGACUAAUCAGGAAGUGGUAGACUUUGUGAGGUUACGGCUGUCCCAAGGUAUGGAACCUGAAGACGUGUGUGAGGACUUGAUGACCCGCUGUCUAGCCCCGGACUGCCAGAUGGGAGGACUCGGUUGCGAUAACAUGACUGUUAUCCUCAUCUGCAUUACCCAUUCUGGGUCCUGGCGUGAGCUACAGGAGAAGUGUUCCAGGCCAUCAUUAGCUCUUAUCAACCAAAACCACGAGGAAGAUAGCGAUGCAGACCUGCAGUAACAAUAUAGAGAAGGCUUGCAGUAUUCUGUAAAUCAUGAAUACAAAUGUGGACAUUCAUUAUUACACAUGUUUGUAUAGACUAACACAUGUAAAUGCCUCGUUCUUUAUCACUAGAAAGCGAGUUGUUCAUAUUACC